AUGCAGUUGCUACUAUUUCGGGGGUCUGGGCCAGGGGAGCUUUUUGCUACAGCAACCGAUGUGACAGACCCGGAGCAGGCCCAGUCGUGGGUACAACGAACGGUCCAAAAGUUUGGCAAAGUAGACAGUGCGGCCAACCUGGCCGGUGUGGUCGGUCGAGGCACCCACCUGACACCCACGGCAGGGCUGGAAGACGACGACUGGGAUUUUGUGAUCGGCGUCAACCUCACAGGUAUCAUGCACUCUAUGCGCGUGCGAGGUUAUGUGAAUAACGCUCCCUAUGUCGCAUCGAAGCAUGGCGUCGUGGGCUUGACAAGACCAGCAGCGAAGGAAUGUGGGGCCCGGGGAAUUCGAGUCAACGCUAUCGCCCCGGGACUUAUCGACGCUCCAAUACUACACAAGGUAGCCGCCGUAAGAGGGAGGAUCAUGGAUUUUGAACAUGCAAUCAAGGGAUGGGGAACCACUCACGAGAUCGCGGAGUUGGUUGUCUGGCUGCUCUCCGAUUCAACCAAGUUCAUUUCUGGCUCAGUGCAGGUCAUAGAUGGCGCCUAG